GAAUUCAUGAAAUCUGAUUCAGUGUUAUGGUAUUUAGUUUAGUCACUCAGGUUUUGUUCUGCAAUUAGGUUCUGAUUCUUAGCUUUCGAGUUCUGUCUAGUGUGACCUGCUAAGCUUCUUUAGGAUUUGGUUUGGGAUUUUUAGGAUUGGAGUUCAUUUCAAUUCUUGUCGAAUUUAUGUAAACCUUGAUCCAUUUACUGUUCUAGGUUGUUACCUUAACAUAGAUUCUGCAUUUCCAUGGGCCCAUCUGUUUGCUGCAUUUGAUCACCUCUGGAGUUUGUAUAAUCUGAUUUUCUAGGGUUUUCGAUGGUAGAUUUUAGCUUGAAGUGCCUAAUAUUGAAGACCCAUUUCAUGUUUUUAUUGUGACCGAUCGCUUCCUGCUCACUUGAUAUCUGAUGAGACGUCGCCUGUCGGAGUGCAGUACUCCUGACCUAAUGCUGAAGGCUACCGGAAAGAAUCAACCAUCUCGUUUCUGUUUGCUACUGUCCUUGUCUGUGUUGUUAUGGUCAGUAUUCUUUUACUUCCAUUUUGUGUUCAUUGGAGGCGGUACCGUCGAUGAAUUCAUAAAACUAGAACCUAAUCCAUCCCAAACCCAGCCAUCCAAGGCACGUCGUCCGCCUCCGGAGAGUUAUCCGUUUAUACGGGCUUUGAAAACAGUAGAGAACAAGAGCGAUCCUUGUGGGGGAAGGUACAUCUAUGUCCAUGACCUCGCUCCACAGUUCAAUGAGGAUAUGCUCAAAGAGUGCAAGACUCUUAGCCUCUGGACCAAUAUGUGCAAGUUCACCACCAAUGCUGGGCUUGGCCCGCCAUUGGAGAAUGUGGAAGGGGUUUUCUCUAAUACUGGUUGGCAUGCCACCAACCAGUUUGCCGUGGAUGUGAUCUUCAGCAACAGAAUGAAGCAGUAUGAGUGUUUGACGCAAAAUUCUUCGAUUGCUGCUGCCAUUUUUGUUCCAUUCUAUGCUGGGUUGGAUAUAUCCCGCUACCUUUGGGGUUACAAUAUCUCUGUUCGGGAUGCAUCAUCUCUAGCUUUGGUGGAUUGGCUUGUCAAGAGACCUGAGUGGAAGGUUAUGGGUGGUAAGGAUCAUUUCCUGGUUGCUGGCCGAAUAACAUGGGAUUUCAGAAGACUAAGUGAUCAAGAUUCUGACUGGGGUAGCAAGCUUUUGUUUCUCCCAGCUGCGAAGAACAUGUCGAUGCUUGUGGUUGAAUCUAGUCCAUGGAAUGCCAAUGAUUUUGCUAUACCUUAUCCUACCUACUUCCAUCCAGCAAAGGAUGCUGAUGUCUUUGUAUGGCAGGAUCGGAUGAGGAAAUUGGAGAGACCAUGGCUUUUCUCAUUUGCUGGAGCUCCACGUCCUGGCAAUCCCAAAUCAAUUAGAGGGCAGAUCAUAGACCAGUGCAGGAAUUCCAAGGUGUGUAAGUUACUGGAAUGUGAUUUUGGAGAGAGUAAGUGUCAUUCUCCCAGUAGUAUAAUGCAGAUGUUCCAGAGUUCUCUGUUUUGCCUUCAACCUCAAGGUGAUUCAUACACACGAAGAUCAGCAUUUGACUCGAUGUUGGCUGGUUGUAUACCUGUCUUCUUCCAUCCUGGCUCAGCUUACGCGCAAUACACUUGGCAUCUGCCAAGGAAUUAUUCGAAGUACUCUGUGUUCAUUUCAGAGGAUGAUAUUCAUAAGAGGAAGGUUAGCAUAGAGGAAAGGCUUCUGCAAAUUUCUCCAGAGCAGGUGAAGAUCAUGAGGGAGGAGGUUAUAAGCCUCAUACCAAGAUUGAUAUAUGCAGAUCCAAGGUCAAGACUGGAGACUCUUAAAGAUGCAUUUGAUGUAGCGGUGCAGUCUGUUAUUGACAAAGUUACCAAGUUGAGAGAGGACAUCAUUAAAGGUCGUGAAGAUCCUAAUUUUAUUGAGGAGACCGCUUGGAAGUAUGCGCUGUUAGAGGAAGGACAAUAUGAGGUAGGGCCUCAUGUAUGGGAUCCUUUCUUCUCAAAACCGAAGGAUAAUGGGGAUUCAGAUGGCUCAUCUGUAGAAGCUUCUAAAAAUUCUUGGAAGAAUGAGCUAACGGCUAAAUCAUGACUGGAGGAGAAGAAAUCUCAUCAUAUAAAUUCCUGUCAAGCCUGAUUCCUGUGGCUGAGCUUGAAACAAUCUUAGCUCCACGGGUGAAGGUCGGUCGGCAAGUAUGAUCCCUAACGAGAACCUUUUCAUUAAAUUCCUGAGAACUGGCCAUCAAUCUUCUCAUACCUGUGUUCAACUUUGUUUACAUGCAAACUUGGGGGCAAAUGUUCUCCACAUUCAAUCUAAUUUUGUAUCCAGAAAGUCAGAUUGAUUCCGUUUGGUGUA